AUGAGUACAACCACAGAGAAUGCAGUUAAGAACUUUUCAGAUAUUUUGCAAAGAGAGACAGAGCCACUGAAGCUAAGAUUCAGAGCUCUUUUUGCACUUAGAAGCAUCUGCACAGAUGAGUCUGUGCAUGGAAUUGCAGCAGCCUUCACCACAACCUCUGUUCUUCUGAAGCACGAGCUGGCGUACGUUCUGGGACAGAUGCAAAACAGAACAGCUCUUCCGAUUCUGGAGCGCAUUCUCCGAGACGGCAGUGAGGAUGAGAUUGUGCGGCACGAGGCAGCUGAGGCAAUUGCCACCUUUGGAGACAUGGCAUACGAGCCACUUCUUAGAGAGUAUGCAGAUCUUUCAGUCUCCAAGAGCAAGGCAGUCUCUGAAACAUGUGAGAUAGGAGCUGAGCUGAUAAGAAACGGAGGAUCAAAGCGGUCAGAGUUUGGGUCUCUUGACCCAGCUGUCUCUGCAGAAAGCGCUUCAAUUGAAAAACUCAGACAGACGUAUCUAGACGAAAGCAAGUCUCUUUACGAGAGAUACGCAGCCAUGUUUGCUUUGAGAGACAUUGGAACAGAAGAGGCUGUUGAGAUACUUGCAGAAGGAUUUAACAACAAAAACCGCUCUGACCUAUUUGAGCACGAAGUAGCCUUUGUCUUUGGGCAGAUGUCACACCCUGCAUCUGCCAAACACUUGGCACGUGUUCUUGCAGAUGAGAACCGGCAUGAAAUGGUCAGACACGAGUGUGCAGAGGCCCUGGGAACAAUCAAUACAAAAGAGGCAGAGGAUGCACUCCUUGCAUUAAAGGACAUCCCCAACCGAAUUAUUCGAGAAAGCGUAGAGAUAGGCCUAGACAUUCAUGACUACCACUUCACAGAUCCUGCACUUGAGUACAUUGUAGAGUCCUUUGAGUAA